UGAUGUGUUCAGUCCAGUCCGGAAUUUCACGUCUAACGGUUGUGUUUCUUGCGGUCUUCGGCGUUUUCAACUUUAACGUCGAUUUUAGAUACAGUCGAGCAAUAAUAACAGUGUGACUUGGUUUAUUCUAUAAAAUGAGUUACCCGUUCUUUGUGCGAAGUUAUUGCGACCAACUGGAUAUCAUUCAUCAGCGAUUAGAAGAUGAAAGAAGUCGUCUUGUAGCGGUCAAUCAGUGUCUCUACCUGUGCCUUUCUUACCUCAAAAAGAACGGUCGCGAUUAAGUCCUGGUAGUAUUUGGUGAAAUUUUACAGCAAUAUCUGACCUGUGAUACCUCCUAUCUCACAGCUAGCAUCAUCGAAAGACAACCGGUGGACGAGGCGACCACACGAUGCUGAGGGAUCCCAGGAUAUAAAUGUGAAGACAACUCCAAAGAUUCACACAGUUUCAUUGCCCAAGGUCAAAUUGAGACUACACAAUCUAGAACUUUGGAAUCAAUUCUACGCGGAAACGACAGAAAUGAUCAUCACGAAAGUGGGGCGACGCAUGUUCCCGCACUUGCAAUUGAACAUCAGCGGCUUGCAGGAGAACCUGAGUUAUUGUAUCAUCGUGGAGAUGCAACCGGCUUCCCAGCACCGUCACAAGUACUGCGGAGUAAGCACCACGGUCGAUGAGAACGAGAAUAGGAUUAGCAAUCCCGGCUGGACUAAGGCGGGACAGGCAGAAUCGCAGCCAGAUAUCGAACGCAGGAUCUACCGACAUCCCGACAGCCCGGCGCUGGGAGCUCAUUGGAUGAAGCACGUGGUUAGCUUCAACAAGCUGAAGAUCACCAACAACGCCGACCGCGUGCCUAACGUGUUACUUACGUCAAUGCACAAGUAUAUCCCAAGAAUUUGGAUUUUUCAAAGCGAUAAUCUCAGUGCCUUUAACGAGCUGUAUUUUCGGCCGCAUUCGUCCUUCACCUUCAGAGAAACCGAAUUUAUCGCUGUAACAGCUUAUCAGAAUGAGAGAAUCACAAAACUCAAAAUCGACAACAAUCCAUUUGCGAAGGGAUUUCGCGAGACGGGACAUUCGCGAUAUAAACGCAAGUUACAAGACAGUGAUACCGGUCAGAUGCUUAUAGUUGACGAGGACAGCCUCUCUUCGUCCGAAGCGAGUCCUCCGCCUCCCAAAAAGACAACAGCAAUGAUGCUGAGGAGUACUUUGCACAAGGAUGUAAGCGUCGGUGUCCUAAAUGAAAUCAAAUCGCCGUCAUCGAUGAUUGCUCAAGCUGAAAAUUCGACACCCAGAGCGGAGGAUAAUCGUGAAAACGCAAGGCCGUCGACACCGUCACGUCAUCAUAGACUUUACAGACCUUGGUUAGACCCACCCUUGGUUAGGCAACCAUCCCUGCAUUUAGUACCACUGAUGUCGGAAUUGAGACCAACGCCGCUGUCCAUGUUUCCCCCAGUGCCUAAUUUGUCCUUAUAUAACUACCGCUUGCCCACGUCGACUAUAUUGCACCAUAAUUUUAUACCGACACCUCGUCAAUAUCAUCAAUAUCCAUAUCAACAUGUCCCAUGUGUUUACCCAAACACGCGCGAUUGGCAUGAUACGUGGUAUCGUUUACCCAUGUAUUCCACACUCAUAAACUAAUAUCAUCAAAAUAUAUACAUAUAGAGACAGAUAUAUAUAGAGAGCUGGAUGUUAAUUAACGACACGUAAGAAAUUUAAGCGGAAGUAAAAAAAAACUAUGAUAAAUAAUC